AUGAGUGAAGCGCAGAGCAGUUCAUUAGAUCAAUUCGUAGAGGAAGCAUCACAGAGAAGUAAAAAUUGUCAUAAUUCUUGUGACAAAUCAAUCGUUCCAUUAGCAACAAAAUCAUUCUCAAUCAGUGAGGCUUUAUCAAUAACCCAAUCAUCAUCAUCAUCAUUAUCAUCAUCAUUAUCAAAUCAAUCAACUGAUAUCAGUGAUUAUGAUUCUUCUGAUGUGAUAUCAUCAGCGUUAUCAGCAUUAUCAGUUUCAACCGCCUCACUGAACAUCAAAUCUACAGUAAAUUCAAUAACUCAACAACACUUCAAUAAAACUAUCAUAACAACAAUUGAUGGAAAAAAAUACAAAUCUCAACAAAAAGCUCGUAGUAGUGCUACCAUCAUUCUGAACAGAAAUAUUGCGAUUACAAUGGAUCGUAUAGAAUUUGCACAAAUUUCUCCAUACUUUCGUGCUGCAUUUUAUGGUGGUUUCUCAGAAGCAAAGUCAAAAUUAUUAAGUUUUGAUAGGAGUAAGAGUGAAGGAUUUCUACGUUGUUGCGCUCUCCUUAAUCAACUAAUGAGUGAAAAUAAGUGGAAAAUGCCGAAUUUACAAUGGAUGAGCCUUCAAAAAGCAUUUGAGGUAUAA